GCACGUGAUCGAAAUUUUCAUUGUCAUUUGUCAAUUUUCUUUUCAUAAUUUUGUAUGUUUUGAACGCUUCGCAAAAUUUCGUUGUAAAUAAAAUGGAAAAUCCCGAAGAAAUCUUACACAGCUUAGAAGAAUUUUCAAAACUGAAACCUAAGGAUAUACCUCGCGAGCUUGAAGAGUACCUGUGCUUUGUUGCAAAAACUGGUGACCCUGUUUAUCAGUGGGGUACAAUAAAGAGCCUGCUAAGGGAGAAGUUAAUUAACGUAAUAACGGAUUUUUACGAGUCGUGCCCUUCAGUCGAAAUCCCACCUUGUCCAAACGUCGAAGUCUUCAAUUACGAGUCGAUGAAAACCUUCAUUUUGGACAAAUUAGAUACGUUUUCCGCUGCUCCCUUUACGGUGCAAAGGAUCUGUGAACUAUUAACAUCACCUCGAAAACAAUACAACCGAAUAGAUAAGUAUAUGCGAGCUUUAGAAAAAAACAUUCUCGUCGUCAGUACGACCGAACCCGGGUUUCGACGUAGCGCCGAGAACGGUGACGGAAUAGUUAACGGACUCGAAGCCGAUCAUACACGUGACGCCAACAGUGUGGGUAACGAUAUUAAUGUCGAAGAAAUGGACGAAAGUCCCGUCUGGCCGAGAUUACAAACUGAAGGGAAUUAUCAAAGCGACGACACGAAUACCGAAAUACGUAAUGUACAAUCGGAAGUUAUAUCGACCGCAUUCUGUACCGAUACGAGAUCCCUGGAUAACAACUGCAUUUCUACAGUCGAAUCCGUGAUUACGUGCAGAACGUCUGCGGAACAACCGUAUGUGUCGAUAGAGCCCGUUGUGUCCGACAGCUGCGCUCGAGAAGAGAACGUGCAAGAUUCAGAUGUAACGGUUACGAUUACUGCCAUUCCCGCUGCCGUUCAGAAACGUAGAGAUAGCAUUGAGCCUGUCGUAUCAUCCGUCGAUGAGACUGUGAAGAUUUUGCAAAGUACAGAAUGCGACGUUGUAAAAACUACGGAGCAACCAGAGGAAUCCACGUCAUCUACAACCACAGAGACUGUUCCACAAGAGGAUGUGCAACUUCCAUCCGAAUCAGAGAUCGAAACAUCCGACCCCGCAUCCAAAGUCCAACAUGAAACAGAGGAAUUGAACAUUGUAUCGGACCAAUCGAUAGAGUCUGCACCUUUAAUUCAAAUCCCUAUAAUUUCCGAAAUCUCAUCUGGCGUGUCGUGCGAAGACAGUCAGGAAGCAGAAACGAAUCCAGUUAAAGAGGACGAUAAAUCGCAUACAGAAAGUCUGUUAGGCGAUCAAACUAUUGAUCCGAUCUCGGAUGCUAUCACGGAAGUUUCGACAACGGUGACGUCAACUGUCGAAACUGAAGAACUAAAAACGAUUACUAUAUGCGAAAGUAAUGCUGUUAUUUCGCCAGUCUCGCAAGAAACUUCCGUUUCUUCGACUGAUGAUCUCUCCAAUGACGCAGCUGAUGUUUUAUCUGUAAACCGAGAUCAAACUUGUGAGGAGAAAACUUAUAUAUCUGAGGAUUCGUUAACUGACUGUAUUGUCGAUACAAAUUCUGGUAUUGCCAUAGAGGAGUCCGAAAGUAAUAACUCUGAUGAAGUACCAUUUAACAAUGAGGAGUAUGCAUCGAGUUCAACGAGUCGAGACUCAAUGGAUAUCGACAUAGGAGAGGAGACUUGUCAAGAAGCUGCAACGUCCGGUGAUUAAUGGCUUGAUCACAGUUGAAGCACUUCAAUAUAAAAAAUUGCAAAUAGUGAUACAAUUCCAUUUCCUUUUCUUUUGGUUAUAUGUAGACGUCAAGUGUUCAUUAAUCAACUUAACAUUAAUCAUCUUCGUCUUCAAAUUUGUAUAAGACAUUUACCAUUACAUUACUACUUUCAUA